ACACGCAACAUACAUCGUUGUGGUUCCUGCGUGUGUGGUGUAUUAAUCAUUUUAAUUAGUUAAUUAUUUCAUUUUUAAUUAAUCGUUUUAUUUUAUUGAAUAUUAAAUAGUGUCGUGAAAUGUUGCGUCAGUGUAUUACUCUCGCGGUGUUGGGGUGUGCUUUCGCAACCCCCAUAGCUCAAUACCAAAUACAGCAACAGCAGGAUGAAGGAAUCCCUCCACAUCUACUGAGGCAGUACAUCGGCGGCGGUCAGGCGCAAGCACAACACAUCCCUCGACCUGCCCCACAGCCUGCGCCGGCGCCUGCGAGACUUCCUUACAAUGUCCAAGAGGAGCAGUACCAGCCCAGACCCCAGUACCAGCCGCAACCACAGGCUCCCCCUCAGCAGCAAUACAGACCUCAACAGCAGCGAGAGCCAGAAGACUAUGACCCUCAUCCUUCCUACCAGUUCGGCUUUGAUGUCAACGAUGACCAGUUCACCAACUACCAGAACCGUAAAGAGCAAAGAGAAGGUGACGUCAUCAAGGGCUCCUACUCCGUCGUAGACAGCGAUGGUUUCAUCAGAACCGUGACCUAUACUGCUGAUCCUAAGGAAGGUUUCAGGGCUGAGGUAUCCCGUCAACCCACCGACAUCGUGGUCAAGAUCCCAACCCCCAAACCCCAAGUCCUCCAGCCCCAAGUUCCUCAGCUGCAGCAACAGCACCAGCAACAACACCAGCCACAGCACCAACAACAACAGAGACCACAACAACAACAAAACCCACAAUACUACCGCUACGAAUAAUUAAAUUGUUAUUACACUUACAGAAAAAAUCCGAUUAUCAGAACCAUUGUUAAUGACUGUAUUGAUAAAAGCAGCAAUAUUUUGUUUAUUUGAAAUCGUUGUUUCCAAAAAAGUGGAAAAUAACGAAAUAAUUAAUUUAAAUAAAAUCAAUUAAAAUAACUUUACAACAGCCGAGGAAUUGAAAUCCGAAAUAAUGAAUACCACACAAUUUUUGACUAAUUUAAUAUAACAAUACCAAGUUUUAAAAAGAACUAGAAUCAUGAUUAGUAUUCCAUUCAAGAUCUUAACGGGAGUCAAAAGUAUUCUAAAAAUCUAUUGAUUUAUCUUUAUCACCGCUUAAUUUAUAUUGUUUUUAAAUUCAUUUAUUUAUAAUAUCAAAAAAAUGCAUUAGUAUGCUUGUAGACAUUAUUUUCCUCAUUAGUGACUUACAUUAAAUAUCCUUCUCAUUUAUUUAAUUCAUAAAUCGCACCAUAUUUCAAUAUUUCUUUCUUUCUUUUUCAUAUUUCUUACUCAUUUUACAGGAUUAGUAUUAUAUUAAUCGGGAUAGUCGGAUUUUGACUGUAUUUAUUAUGACCGGUACCGCACAGGGUACAGUUUUACUACCUUAAGUGUUCCUUUUUCAUACUGGUUAAAUGAUGUUGACACCAAUGUUUUAAUCUAUAAUGGAUAUCUAUGAUUUCAAAUCAUUAGUUCGAUAGUGUUUCGAUCAAUGAUGUUGGCGAAGUGUUAGAUAUCAAUUAACAGAUAAACUUGUAUUAUUAAAUUUAAUGUAGUUGUUUAGUAUAGAAAUCUAAUUGUGAACUAUUAGGAUAGGAUUUUGAAAUCUAAGUCCCACUGAACGAAUAAAUUUUUUAUUAUAUUUUAAA